AUGGCGCAGGUCUCCAAGAAAUUCAACCCUGUGGAGAGGGACCAGAUCCUGACGGAGCUGAUCCGCAAAGAGGAGCGCCGCAGCCACCUUUCAGAGGUGUUCAGCGUGCCUGACCCGCGCCGCAUGGUGCUGCUGCCCCAGAAGCCCAACGCGACGAGGCCCGCGGACCGCCCCACAGAGGAGCAGCUCUCGCGCGCCGAGCAGACGCUGUCCAGCCUCGCCGGCAUCAAGCACGCGCACCAGGUGCCUACACAGGUGUAUCAACUGCCGGUGACCGCCAACAUGGAGGUAAGCAGCAGCAGCAGCAGCAGCAGCAGCAGCAGCAGCAGCAGCAGCAGCAGAUGCAGCAGCAGCAGAUGCAGCAUGCGACUGAGCCUGGGCGUGGCACACGCCGAACUGAUGGAGUACGGCUUCUAUGCCGCCAGUGUACCGCAGCUGAAGGACGACCCCAUGUUCGUGCACUACGCCAACCAGUCAGAUGUGCACGCCGGCGUCCCGCUGCUGACCGCGCUACGCGCGCGCUACAACAAUGAGGCGGCAGAGGGCAGCGCCGCAGGCGCGGGCCGCGCCGUGUACCUGGACACCAAGUCCAGCAGGCGGGUGCUGGUGGAGCUGGUGGGCGAGGAGCAGGUCACCGAGCGCCAGCGGCGCACGGAGCUGCUGACGCGGGCGCGCGUCGUCGACGCGUGCGUCUCUGCCGUGGACGCAGCCGAGGAGCUGCGCGCCACGCUGCCACAGCUGGAGGAGCUGGACCUGACGGGCAACCUGCUCUGGCGCUGGGACGAGCCGGCCGCACUGCUCGCCGCCCUCCCCCGCCUCGCCACCCUCAACCUCAGCGCCAACCGCCUGCGCCUGCGGCAGCCGGGCGGCGCGCCCCCGCCGCCGCGGCUGGAGGGCCUGCGGGCGCUGGUGCUGAACGGCUGCGGGGUCGGGUGGCGGGAUGUGUGCGCGCUGCACGCGUCGCUGCCGGGGCUGGCCGAGCUCCAUGUAGCUGGCAACGGCAUCGCCAGCCUGGACGCGGAAGGCGCGUGCCGCGGCGGCGAACAGCCUGAGGGCGACCUCCAGGCGUCGGCGGCAGCGGCGCUCGGCGGGCAUGGCAGGGCGGACGGCGAAGCAGAGGGGGGCGCCCCGCCGCCGCUGCAAGCGCUGCAGAGCCUGGAGGUGUUGGGACUGGAGGACAACGGAAUCAGCACCUGGUGGGAGGUGCUGCGCCUCGCCUGGCUGCCGCGCCUGCAGCGCCUGAACCUCAGCGGCAACCCCAUAGCUCGCAUCUGGUGCCCAAAUGCAGCGCCGUCGGCGGCUGCCUGCUCACCCCAGCCGCAGCGGCAACAGCCGGAGCAGCCGCUGCGGGGGCAGCAGCCGCCACUGUAUACUGAUCAGCAGCAGCAGCAGCAGCAGCAGCAGCAGCAGCAGCAGCAGCAGCAGCAGGAGUGUGGGCAAGCGUUCCCUGCCCUGGAGGCGCUGCUGCUGGGAAGCUGCCGGGUAGCCAGCUGGCGGGACGUGGACGAGCUCGACAAGCUGCCCCGUCUGCGGGAGCUAAGGCUGAGCGGCAACCCACUGGUUGAGGAGGCGAAGAGCGGCGGGCGCUUCGAGCUUCUUUGGCAUGCCUGA